AGAAAAGCAGCUCAGCUCUCUCUCACACAGCAAAGCAACGGAAGCAAGCAAGCUACCCCCCUCUCUCUCUCUUGCUGGCUCUCUGCGCGUGGUGUGUACUCCUGCUGUCCCUGCUGCGGCUACAGCUACUGUUGCAGCAGCUCAAGCACCUCCCAAGAAGUCCACACACUCUCCUCCUCCUCCUCCUCCAUAGCAGCGCACCACUGCUGCUGCUGCCGCCUGCUCAGCUGCUCACCCAAGAACCUUCCAGCUUUUCCCCAAUACUGACUGAGCUAGCUCUCCUGCUGUUGCUUCUUGAUCUGUGGGAUUUCUUGUGGUUCGAAUCCAAGAUCACUUCCAAAUCCAUAGCAAGUGCUUGCUUCACCACCGAAAAUCUAUCUUUUUUUUGGGUGAGGGGAGGAGAAAUGGAUGUAUGCAGGAUGCUUCUUGAGGCUAGAUGCUGAUUUGAUGCAAUAAGAUUCCUAUCUUGGUUUUUGGCUACAGCAUCACAAAUCAACGUCCUGAGAAACUGGAAAGUGAAAUAUUCUGCUUCAAAGAAGUAAUCACAUAGAUUGAUUCCAAGAAGAAGAAGUAGUAAUCAGAUAACAGAGGCAGCUGCAAAACUAGCACCUUUUCUGUUUGCAGUAACUGCUCAAUCCAAAACCCCCAUCUGGACUGAACUCGAUGGGUAGGGGAAGAGGCAGAGGGAGGAAGGUCACCAAUGGCAGGAGCCACGAGGAGAAGGGCAGCAGCGGCGAGGAGGUGGUGCCUGCGAGGAAGAGGAGGGGAAGGCCGCAGAAGCGCAUCACCGACAAGGUGGAUCAGGCAGAGGCCAAGAAUGUAGCUGAGGGUGACGACGGCGACGCGGACUACCAGCAAGGGGAAGGAGAAGACGGCGGCGCGAAGCCGAAGGCGUCGAGAGCAGAGAAGAGCUCUGCAGGGAAGGGCAGCAAGAGGAACAGGCUGCCCAAGGAAGAAGAAAGCUCGAACCUUGACCCUGAGGAGAACAGCUCAGGCACUCGGUCCAGCAAUGACGAAUCCACAAGGUCCAAUGGCUUCCGGCAGAAUGGCAGCCGGCGGAAGAGCACGCCGCGGCGGGCGGCGGAGGCCGGAAUAUAGCUCGAGGAUCUUGGGAUAGGGGGAGAGACACUUUCAGGGAUUGGUUCUUGGGUUUAUCAGUUAGGCAAGCUGCUCUUCAGUUUUGUCAUCUUCAGAUUUGGCAAAAUUUUUUUUGUCUUCUCAAAUUUUGUCAUGUUCAUGAUUAUCUAGUCCCAACGUGAAUGUAAUGUAAACAUAUACUAAUCGCGGGACAUCGAAGUUUUGCUUGUGUUGAUGAAAAAUUGUAUGAACUAGCACCGGCUGAUGGUAAUAGCUCGCAUCA